AUGAGUGACGACAGGACGCAUAAGAAGCAGAAGAGGAUACGAGUACGAACGGAUGUGGUAGCUGAUUAUUUUGAUCUGUACAACAGGGAGGUGCGGCGUGUGCUGAUGCCUGAGUUUGGGCUCACGGAGGAGCUAACGCGGUCGAAGGUGCAUGUGAACUCAAGAGUACGAUGUCUUGAGCCGGAUCAUUUUAGCGGGCAAGUACUACGCCGUGAUGAUUACGAUGAUUAUGAUGAUGACAACGACGAGGAGCAUGAUGACAGUGAAUCGGACGGUGAUUAUACAACAGAUGAUGAAGUAGAGCCAGCUGAGGAUGACGACAUGGGGACUGAGUGGACUCGUUAUGAGAAGGAGCAGUUCUUCUACUGCAUGUCGCGGUACAGCAUACAUCGAGUCGAUGAGUGGUGUCAGACGUUUACGAACAAGAGCAAGUACGAAAUAUUGGUAUACUACCAAGUGCUGCGGUCCAACCUCGAGCAAUUGAAGACCACGCGGUACAAGCGUCUUCUUCCGCGGUCUCGAUUUCCGAUAGCCUAUGAGAUGAGUCCGGAGUUUAUCAGGCUGGAAGAAAUGCUGUGUGAGCAAGUGAACGAUGUUGUGCUACAUAAAGCUGGAAGUGACGAAGGUAGCGUCGAAGAUAACGAGGAUAGCAUAAUAGACAUCGAGAAGUGGAACGCACGGUGGGAGCCUCUCUAUGCCAACACCCAUAUCGAGGAGCUGCGGCCCAUCAGCAUAGAGCCGCUGCCGAUAGCACCAGAGGCGAUCCGAUAUCUCACGGAGCUAGUCAAACGACACACAAGGAAGCUACUGUGGCACAGUGUCCUGCCCUCUCUCGAGUCGGCACGGAUAUCCAAAGCUGCUCUCCUGGGGAGACAGGCUGAAAAGAGACAAGCUGAGAAGAGACCUCUGGCAGAAGAAGACAUUAUUGAGAUACAGGCACACCCUAGGAAGAAGCACCACAGGGACUACUACCCGCACGAGAUAACUCGGGAGGAUGUUUUGCAAGCGGUGAUCACGUUGAAACAAGAGGGCAGCACACAGACAUACCCGCUUACGCUAGGCGAGUGUGUGCUGGACACAAUAAAGAAGUACGAGAUAGAGACGAGCACCCAGGGCCGUCUGUUCCACAGCAAGGACAUCGCCAAGCAGAGCGUGCUGUCGAACCUAGUGAGCUCACACCAGAGACACCACAACGCAGAGGACGACUCAGCGCUGGCACUGACAGGGGAGCUGGCGACCCGCUACUACGACGGCAUCAGCUACAUGGACCGCAAGUACAUGAGCCGCAUGAACCGCCUGCUCACAUCCACAUAUGCGGACUCAGAACUCUGGCACGUGACCGAAUCUACAACCGCAUCGCAAGGCCCACCUGACUUGUUCGUACAAUACUACUCACACAGCGUCCCCACCCCGCACGAAAACAACGUGACGGAGAAGCUUGCCCUUCAGCUCCACGACACGCAGCUGGCGAACGCGGUGCUGGACAACCCUUGCGAAGUGGCGCUGGCGUGCGAGGAGUCCCGCAGGUUGGACCUGGAGGACCUCGCCCGGUCACGUAAGCACGAGAACAUGCUGCUGCGGUACCUGGUCGGUGUCAGCGAGCGGGCCCAACCUAUGCGCGUCAUCACAGACCAAACGCGGUCCACCGCCGUCUCAAACAAACUCCUACAAUGGUUCCAGGUAUCCCCCUAG